UGGCCGGUUCUGCGGCUCCGAGGCUUUGGAAGUUAGCGACUGGAGGGUCCCGCCCGGUUUCGGCGUCCGUCGCGUCUCCUCGCGCGCUUCCCGGUCCGCGCUGUGCCGCCUCCCGCCCUCGGGCAUCGUGCGGAGCUCUCGUACCCUGGAGGUCCUCGGAAGACUUAAGAAGAUUCAGAAGGUAGAGGAAAGGGGCCUUUUAAGCUUCUCUGGCCCUAAAUGGCUGCAGAAUCAAGAAAGCCUUCUUCGGCCCCAUCUCCACCAGACCAGACUCCUGAAGAGGAUCUUGUAAUUGUCAAGAUAGAGGAGGAUCAUGGUUGGGAUGAGGAAUCUAGCAUGCAUGAAAAUAGUACUGCUGGCCAAGAACUGUUUCGCCUACGUUUCAGGCAGCUAUGCUACCAGGAGACUCUAGGACCCCGGGAAGCUCUGAUCCAGCUACGAGCACUUUGCCAUCAGUGGCUGCGGCCAGACUUGAACAGCAAGGAGCAGAUCCUGGAGCUGCUGGUGCUGGAGCAGUUCCUGACCAUCCUGCCAGGGGAGCUGCAGACUCUGGUGAAGGAACACCAGUUAGAAAAUGGAGAGGAGGUAGUGACCCUGUUGGAGGACUUGCAAAGGCAGAUUAAUAUCCUAGGACAACCAGUCUCAGCUCAUACACAUGGGCACAGAGUUCUCUGGGAGGAAGUCGUACCUUCAGAAUCUGCACCAGAACCUCCAAGUACUCAGUUCCGACCCAUGGCAACCAAACAUAAACCUGCAGCGCCCCAAAAGCCACAGGACAGAGGAGAGAGGCCAGAUUUCACUUCUAAGGCCAUGUCUGCUUCUCAGAGUCGUACUCCUUCCCAGAAAAGAAGUUCUGGAGAUCAGGUGACAGCUAGACUUCUCACUGCAGGGUUCCAGACUUUGGAAAAGAUUGAAGACAUGGCUGUGUCUCUUAUUCGAGAAGAGUGGCUUCUUGAUCCAUCACAGAAGGAUCUGAAUAGAGAUAACAGGCCCGAGAAAUACAGAAACAUGUUCUCCCUGGAUGGUGAGACCAGGAGUGAGAACAAGGAAUUCUUUUCAAAACAGGUAAUAUCAACCGGAAUCCAGCCUCAUGGACAAACAACUGCCAAGUGCAACGGGGAUGUUAUCGUGGGUCUUGCGCAUGGAGAAACCCAAGACAGAUUAGAGAGGCAGCAGGGAAAUCCCACACAAGAGAGACGGCAUAAAUGUGAUGAAUGUGGGAAAAGCUUUGCUCAGAACUCAGGCCUUGUUCGACACUGGAGAAUCCACACUGGAGAGAAACCCUAUCAAUGUAAUGUCUGCAGUAAAGCCUUCAGCUAUAGGUCAGCCCUUCUUUCCCAUCAGGACAUCCACAACAAAGUGAAGCGCUAUCACUGUAAAGAAUGUGGUAAGGCCUUCAGUCAGAACACAGGCCUGAUCCUGCACCAGAGAAUCCACACCGGGGAGAAGCCCUAUCAGUGUAAUCAGUGUGGUAAGGCCUUUAGUCAGAGCGCAGGCCUUAUUUUGCACCAGAGAAUCCACAGUGGGGAGAGACCGUAUGAAUGUAAUGAAUGUGGAAAAGCUUUCAGUCAUAGUUCACACCUCAUUGGACACCAGAGAAUCCACACUGGGGAGAAACCCUAUGAGUGUGAUGAGUGUGGGAAAACAUUCAGACGCAGCUCCCAUCUUAUUGGCCAUCAAAGAAGCCACACUGGGGAGAAACCUUACAAAUGCAAUGAGUGUGGGAGGGCCUUCAGUCAGAAAUCAGGCCUGAUUGAACAUCAGAGAAUCCAUACUGGAGAAAGACCGUACAAGUGUAAAGAAUGUGGGAAAGCUUUCAAUGGGAACACUGGUCUCAUUCAGCAUCUGAGAAUACAUACAGGGGAGAAGCCCUAUCAAUGCAGUGAGUGUGGGAAAGCCUUUAUUCAGAGAUCGAGCCUCAUUCGACAUCAGAGAAUCCACACUGGAGAAAAGCCUGAAACCACAGGAGUUUAGGAAAAGCUUUGGUUGUUGUCUGAGCAUUAUUCAGCAUUAGAGAAACCAUGUAGUAGUGUAGAGGCUGGUGAAAAGGGCAGAAUUGGUGGUGGUGGUGGUGGUGACAAAGUUAAGAACAGCACUUCAGUAGUUUGAGCACAGUCCCCGGUACCGAUUGAUUGGCUUGACUGUCUUUGGAGGCAUCUGGUGAAGCAGAGCCCCGGCAGCUUUAUAUAUUCUUCAGAACUUUAAAAUAACAGCAGAUUGCUUACUGUGACUUGAAACACUAUAUUUUGUCUUUCCCAAGAGUAGCUAUAAGUUUGAGAGGGACCACUCCUCUAAGCUUCUCCCCAUUUCUGUGGUCCCUUUCUGCCAUCCCCCUCUAAAGAUGCCCUAGUAAAUCCUAAUCUGAGAAGCCGCUUGAGUCCAAGGCAACCUCAGUGAGACUAAGAUUUGUAUUUAGCUUUCUAAUACCCUAGUUAGAGGGAAAUGGUUGAACAUUUAACGUAUUAUUCUAGUACUCUUAGAUGAUAUAAACCCAUAAUCCUCUACAAAUUCAAUGCUAUAUUUUUAACAGCACUGUAGCAUUUUUCUUCAUUUAGCACUUUUACUGACUCCAAUGAAUCCCUGACCUCACAUCCUUCACCACCCCCAGUCUCAGUACCUGUGUCAACAAAGGAAGUGGCUGCUUUAGUGAUGAUGGUGGGAGUGAUGCCAAGAAAGAGGUGAGUGGAGACUCAGCCUGGCUACUCUUGAGCAUGGACAGAGUGUACCUCAGGAUGACUUCUGACUCUCCUUCACCUUCCCACUGUACACUGUGGUUCAAAACAUAUUUGCACUAUCAAAGCUUUGGCACCAAAUAGGAAACAGAGGUGCUAGAAAAAGACAUUAAAAAUCCUUACAAAGAGUGUACAUCAUUCCUUUUGGCCCAUUAUAGUGCAGCUCUCAGGUUCCUGUCUAUGUAAACUCCCUGAGUACAUGGUCAGCCUGGACUGACCUUCUCAGAUGGCCUCUGCAGCUCCAUCGUUAUCUGUUUCCUUCCAUUUGCAUAUCUUCAGUAUCCACAGUGGUAAUCUAUCAAAUAUCUUAUCUCUGAUUCCUUAUUCUGAAUUCUGGCACACUCCCUCAGUCAUCUAACAACAAAGAUAGACUAUUACACUCAUUGUCACCAGGCCCUGUAUUUCACCUCUAAAACUUUCAGCAUAACAUAGGAUAUUGUGUAAAGUAAUGAGACUAUUUUAAAAUAACACAUCAGAUCUUGUGCACCUAAAAUAUAGUGUCCUUUCAGAGGAGUAAUUAUACUUCUUUCUUAUUCUCGUAGUGCUGCUAGUCCUCCAGGUAUUGGGGACAUUCUUAGAAUUCUCAUUUAAUGAAGAGCAAGAAAACCAUCUGUUACUAUUAAUUAUAUUUCAUGUUUGGCCAUUUGAUUAGUGAGCUUGAAGCUGAAUAACUUUUGCUUUAACUUUAAUCCUCCACUUAAAAUUACUCCAUUAGUCUUACUCAGAAGACAGGUUCUGAGUAGGUUCUGAUGAAAUCUCCAGGAAAACAAUUUUACAUUGUGACUGUCCUAAAAUGGAUCAUCUUAGUUUUUUGGCUAACUCUCUGAGACCAGUCCUUUUCAUUAUUCUUUAUUUUCUUACCCUCCUUUCUGUUUGCUUCCUUCCAGUUUAAUAUAGAUUAUCAUUCCUAACACUUCUCUAAAACUCUAAACCACUGAGCCACCUCUCCUGCCCCAAUUGCAUGAGUUGUGCCUUACCGUCUCUAGAUGACAGGAUUUCUAUGUAGGUCAGUGCUACCUUGUGUGCAAAAGUUACAUAGAAUGAGUACAUUGUCGGUGAAGUUAGAAGUCUGCGUGUGUACAUAUAUGUGUGAGUACCUGCCUUGUUUCCAAUAAAUUGCCCUUUAGCAUUUGUAUCCAGAGUAAUGUGUACAGAUCACUUCAGUCUCAGACUGCUAAGAGCUACUCAGCAACUGGAAGAAAAUAAUAUGAUUGGAAAGAUUAAUGUUACACUGGCAUGAACAUGAAAAACGUUGUCAUUUAAAAAUGAGUUAUUGGAUCCAUUGUUGGUGAGGCACACCUUUAGUCAUAGCAUUCAUAGGCCAGCCAAGUCUGUAUAGCAAGUUCAAAGCCAGCCUUGAAUAUAGUGAGGCCAGUCUCAAAAGAACCCAAAAAGGUAAUUUGGGACUGGAAAAUGGCUUAGCGGUUGAGAAUGUGGACUGUUCUUGCAGAGAACCAUUGAGUUCCGUUCCUAGCACCCAUGUUGGGUGGCUUGUAACUUCCUGUAACUCCAGCCCCGGGGAUCCAACAUAUCUGGCCUACGCAGGCCCUGCACACAGGUACACACAGACAUUACAUAGUUACAAAUAAUAAAAUUUUAAUCAACUAUCAAAGCUGAUUUAGCACAUGUAUAGAAAAGGCCAAAUGUUAUAGCAUAUGGUAAUGGAAAAGACUGGAGCCUUUGAAGAAGAACAUAGAAGUCAUUUUUAGUCUUGAAUCUACCAAGCAUUAAUUAAUCCAUAUUACAUUAUCUAGAGGUGUCAGCUAUCCGUGGCAUUCAUUAGACUUUUAUCCUAUAGAGUCAAUUUUUUCUUUCAAUCUGAAAUGAAUUGUCUACCAAUACUUUCUUCUACCGUCCUCAGCUGCUCAUCUUAGGAUCUGGCAUGGUAGAGUGGUUCUUCCCUAACUCACUUGCCAUCAACAUACCACUGGGAGAAACCUCUGAGGUUUCAAAGAAUUUCUCCAUGAGACCAGAUAGGUAUUCAAGAAUGUGGUGAUUGAUCCCAACAUGGGCCAGUAUAACCUUGCUCUUGUUUCUGCUUCUCCAGAGUGAUAGCUGACUUUUUUUGUUUUGUUUUGAACAAUUGUUGUGAGCCAAACCCUAAGUUAAACAUUUAUCCACUUAAAAGCUAGUAUCACUACAUACCCCAUUUAUAAACGAUAAAAAUAAGAGCUUAGAGAACUAGCCAACAUCACAUAGCCAGCAAAUGACAAGAUUCUAACCCGUACAGCCUGGUGCUAGAGCCUGUGAUGGCUACUGUGCUACGCUACCAACACUGACUAAACUCUGGCCUGCCAAAUGAAGCCAUGUACCCCUGGUCUUAAGAGAUACUAGGUAGACAGUGGACAAUAGUAUAGUAUGGAUCCAUUGCAAUUACUGGCAAAUUGGCUUAAAAUACUAUUUGGGGUAAGAACAUCUUUAGACGUCGAUAGUCUUGAUUUUCAGUAUAAAAAAGGUAAAUUUUGUCAGUAGACUGCAUAAAGGAGUAACUAGGAGGGUAAAACAGAAACAUUUCUCUGUAGACUGCCGAAGGGAGAAAGAAGUGAGUAGAUUCCAGGUUGGGCAGAUGGGCAGUUAAGAUGGCAGCAGUAUGUUUAUCCAUAGCCUACAGAGAAAACCUUCAAGCUUCUUGCCCAUUUCCAAUCACCAUUUUGUGUGUCUUGUGUUUUCCUUGAUUUUUCAAAUAUGUUUCUCAUUUUAACCAAUUUCUGCCUUAGCUCUUAAAAACAUUUCCUUACUGGCUGUCACAGUCAACAUUCCACUAAAAUGAAUGUAGAAUGACCAGUGUGUAAAUUAAGGCUGUAUAUUGUUGUUGUUGUCUUCCUUAAUCACUUUUAUAUUCAUAAUGUUGAAUUUUGCCAUAUGUGAUGGCUAAUCUUGGUUGUCAUUUUGAGUAUUACUGGAUUCUUGGGUCUUUUGUUGAUAGGCAGCCAUUGUUGAACUAACUAGACCACAGCGGGUAAGCCAUUCUAAUAAUUCCUCUUUGUGUGUGUGUGUGUGUGUGUGUGUGUAUACAUACACUCAUUCUAUAAGUUCUAUUCUACUAGAGAACCCUGAGUAAUACAGAAUUUUGUACCAGAAGUGGUUCUAGAGCAAUAGAAGUAUAAGGAUAAAAUUUUUUAAGUAUCUGGCCAUAGGCUUUCCUCUCAGAAACUCAGGGUUUAUUAAAAGCCCAUAGUGUGAACUAUUUUACAGACUUAAGAGACAAGUGCAUUUGAUUGUCCUGAUUCACCAGUUGUGGGAGGUAAGAGAUUUGGUGACUCUGUAUAUAAAACUCUGACAAUUUGUAGAAAAAUAAGGAAAAUGAUGGCAGUGGUUCAUUGCUCCCAGCAUCUCUAGAUAAAUUGACAAAGGAAAAGAAUGAACUCCUUGAUAGAAUUAACCAGCUUCUAGCAUAUCAAAAUAUAAUGAAGAACAAUAAUGUGCUCAGUGAUAAAACUGGCUGACUCUGGAUAUACAUAAACAGCCUAGAGGUUUCUAAGUGCAUGUGCACUGGAAGAGAAUCUUCUCUUCAGCAGCCACAGCUCAGAUUGUGGAAAAUCAAACCAAAGCCCUCAUUCUAAGGUUGGCCGAAUUACCUAAGAAAUAAAAAAUCAAGUCCCAACCUCAAAGGGUAUCAGUGGUUCAGGUUAGAGCAUUAAUUAGUAAAGAAUUGGAUCCUGAAAUGUGGGAUGGAGAUGUGUGGGAAGACCCUGUUGAUUCUACCCUCCACUUCUCAGGGCCUUAUCUCACCUGAGGGAAUAGUCUCUCUGCCCUCAGCAGAAGAUGUACUCCCACCCCUUAAAUAUUGCCUUUUCUGCUUUGAGGAACUACAGAAUGGGUAGUAGAAAAAGGUAGCUCUAAAUACCAUCUAUGCUCAUGGAACCAGUUGCAGAAAUGAGGAUUAUAAUUGACAUGACUGUUUCUGUCAUAUUUUGUUAAGAAUGUGUUUGUUGCCGGGCGGUGGUGGCGCACGCCUUUAAUCCCAGCACUCGGGAGGCAGAGGCAGGCGGAUCUCUGUGAGUUCGAGACCAGCCUGGUCUACAAGAGCUAGUUCCAGGACAGGCUCCAAAACCACAGAGAAACCCUGUCUCGAAAAACCAAAAAAAAAAAAAAAAAAAGAAUGUGUUUGUUCAGAUAUCUGUGUUUCUUUCCUCAGUUUCUUUAUCAGUAAUGUAACAUGAGAAUAUCUGUAAUUAUCAUAUUAAGUUUUGAGAUACCAAAAGAAUGUCCCUCAAGGGACAUUGCCGUCUAUUUUAAAAUUUAUAAUGGGCUUGUGGUUGUAUAAGGGAUAGUUAUAUCAUGUAGGUAUAAUUAUGACCUUGUUAAAUAUAUAAUACAUUUGCAAUUAUAUGUGUGAUAUUUAUAUCACCUUAGGUAUAAUUAUGACCUGAUUAUUAUUUUCACUUGGAAAUUAAGCAUGAUGUAAGGAGAUAAGAUUGUGUGUCAAGUUGACAAGGGGUGGGUGGAUUUGUGAUGGCUACUCUUAGCUGUCAACUUGACUACAUCUGGAAUUAACUAAAACUAGAUUGCUGGGUAUACAUGUCAGGGAUUUAUUUUAAAUCAUUUCAAGAGGAAAGACCCACUUUUAAUCUGGAUCUUUUGAGGUGGGAGUAUCCACCUUUAAUCUGCACCAAACCUUCUGAUGGCAGCGUCUAUGAGGAUAUGCAAGAAAGAAACUUUUGCUCUUGCUUCCUUGCUUUUUGCUGGCAAGUCCAUUCCUUCACUGGAGUUAGACCCUACUUCUUCAGGAUUCUGGUUUAUAAUGAAGACCAGCUGAGACAUCCAGCCUGGUAGAGUAAACAGCUGGUCCAUUCUUGGACUUCCCAUUGAUAGACAGCCAUUGCUGGACCACAGCUUAUAAACCACUAAUGAAAUCCAUUCUCUCCAUGUGUGGGUAUGUGUGCGUGCGUGCGUGUGUGCGCGUGUGUGUGUAUUCAUUCUAUAAGCUCUGUUCUCUAGAGAACCUUUGACUAAUAACCAUACUUCAAGAAUUCUGUUUUCCUUUCUUUGUUUUAUGGCAUCUUUUUGGGUCAUUUUUCUCUAACAUCUGGCUUUUCUUUAUUAGUCUUUUUUUCUCCUUUAUACUAAAAUAAUCCUAUAUCAUACUUUUGCUCACUUUUUCUGUCUCUUUUCCUGUUUAUCUGUUUUGUUGUGCUUUGUAUUUGACUUCAUAUUUCCCACUUUGUAUGUCAUCUCUGCUUACGGUAUUUUCCUCAGGUAUCUGCACAACCUGAUAAUUGAAAUUCACCAUUCUCCUUCAAUUUGUAUUUCUUUUCAGCAAACCCUGUACCCUAAAUAGAAUCGCUGCCCUUUGUAUUUCUCAUCUCACCCUUGAAGUUAUCAUUCCAUCUUUUUCUGCCUUCCCCUCUCCAAGUCUAGAAACUUGUUUAUCUCAGUUCUUUUCUUCUUGGGGCUCAUUUUCAUUAUCACUUAGGUUUUGUUUUUUUCUGCUAUACCGUUACAGUCUUCCAAUUAGGUCUACAUCACGUGGGCUCAGGUUUCCAUACUUCCUUUUAGAAUAUUCAGCUUAUAAAACACUUGAAAAAAUGAUCCUCAAACUCCAUUUUCAUGGUAUCAUGUUUUACUCCUCCUCCAGCAGAUAAUUCUCACCAGAGUGACAGUGUUCUAUGACUUUACCCUCCAUUCUGAAUCUGCCUCAGCUUUCAUCACUCUCUAGCUUGUUCACCUUCAUACAGCACAUUCAAACGUCCUCCAGCUCUCUGCUGUUGUCUUACAGACCUUUGCCUCAGUGCCUUUCUCAUGGUUUUCCCUCUUUGAUUACUCUUUGGCCGUAACUCCUGUUCACUCUUUAAACUCACUUCCUGUAUGUCUUUGAGUGAGCACCUCCUAAUUGAGUUCACCUCACAUCAAGAUCUUCCCUUAGUCUGAGCUGCCUGAGCAGUUAACUUUCAAGUUACUAAUACCUUGCUCUGUAAUUAUUUCUAGAAGUAUGUAUAGUAGUUUCACAUUUGUAUUUAUUUCCGAAAUUAAAUUGUAAGCUCCUUGAGGGCAGGGAUAAUAACUGUAACGUUUGUAUCACUGCACACUCUUAGUGCCUAGUACAGUGCUGAGCACACAGUAGGUGUUUAAUAAAUGCUUGUUGAAUUAUUGUGUGGGUUUUUGUGAUAUUGAAAUUUUUAAGGGUUUUCAUGAUGUGUCUUGUUUUGUGCACUGAAAAAGUACAAAACUGGUGGGGUGGUGGUGGUGCAUACCAUUAAUCCCUGCAUUUAGGAGGCAGAGGCAGGCCAGUCUCUGAGUUGGAGACCAGUCUGAUCUACUGAGUUAGUUCCAGAGUGGCCAGGGCUACACAGAGAAACCCUGUAUCAAAAACAAAACAAAACAAAAAAAAAAAAAAAAAACCUUUCUCCAUAAAGUACUAUAGUAUACCAAAGUUAGCCUUUAUCAAGGAGUGAAGUCCUGAAUUCUGGGAGGGUCUAUGUAAAAAAUGGGUGGGGGAGGAAGAAGAGGAGAAAUGAAGUUUAAAAAAAACUCGUGGCCAAAGUUAUUGAAUUUAAAAAAGAAGAAAAUAGAAAACAAGCCAUGUGAGUUCCACAAGUCAAGAUUCCCAGCACUUAGGUAGCGAAGGCAGGACAAUCAGAAGUUCAGCUCUACCCUUGCUACAUAAGGAGUGUCGCAGCAACUUAGACUACCUGAUGCCUUGUUUUCAAAAUCAAAGAGAAAAGAAAAUAGAUAGCACACACACAAACUUAUUCUGAUAAAAGCACAACUGUAAAAGGAGCUGGAAAGUAGGGUUUGCAUCUGCUGUUUUCUUAGUAGUUUGGAAGUUUAGCUGUGUCUGGAGACAUUGGGGAUUAUACAAUUGGUGGGCAACUGGAAUGCUAGCAUCUAGUGAAGAGAGUACAAAGAUGCUACGAAGCAUCCUUGAAGUUAUCCUCUGUAACGGAAUGUUGGGGGUGUAUUUUAUUUUGUGGUUAAAGCCUUAAUAUAUGAGAUUCACAGUACCAUUAAAAUUUUGGUUAAAUUUUUUAGUACUUUCUCUUUAAUUGGCAUGUAGUAACUCUUGGGGUAACAGCAUUGGAAUAUGUACAGUGCCUAGUGGUCAAAUUAGGAUGUCUGUCAUAUCUGUUGCGAGUUUUAUUUUGUGUGUGUGUGUCUUGCAAGUGCUAUUUUUAAACAUGCAGCCAAUUUUUCUCAACUGCAGUUAUAUAGAACCUUCAGUUCUAUAGAACACAAGUUUCAAGGCUGAAGAUAUAGCUCAGUAAUAAGUAAAGCCAGCUGCAUUACAUUUGGUGACCAGCACUUCAAAAGAAACAAGAAAACUAUAUAUGUACACUUGUACCUGUUAUGUUUCGUGGUUGUUUUCAACAUUAGGUCUGCCUGCAGCCUCUGCUGAGUGCAGGUGAGAGCACAAGUCCAGCUUUCAUGUGCUGACUCAUUACCGUACUGUCCCAUCAGAGAUAAAAUACUGGAGGCUAGCUAUUAAGAAAAGCAAAGAAGCUGCAGUCUAUCAGAGCUUCAGCUUGGGAACAACAUGGCAACAAACACACUCUUUGUUGGCCUCUAGAUCAAUUUUGCUGCCAUUUGUCCAAGAAAACCAUGAACUAGAAUGUUCUGUUUGUAAGUAGAACUCAGUCCUAAGGUUUUAUAUACUUUGUGUUAAUCCUACUUAUAAGACGGGUUUCUAAGGAAAUGUGAUUCACUAAAUUGAGUAGCUAAACCAGCAUUUGAAAACACCAUAGUCUCCGUUUGCAGUUCAGUGGUGCAUCCGUCAACAAGGUAAGAAAGAAUCAACUCCAGAGUUAGCAAGUCAGCUGAUGUGUAACUUACCAAAGAGUGGCGUUGCUCUGUUGUGUUGAAGUAGUCAACGUCUAAAGAAUGGUGUUGUGUCACUUAGCUUGUCAACUCAUUCUGACAUUGAAGGGCCGGAGACACUAUCACUUGAUAGGUGUACUGUAUGUUUUUAAUCCAUGCUCUGCCAUCAGAUGAAUGACUUCACCUAAGACUCCACCUAAGUAUUUCAUUUUUAACAAUUAAUUCUUUUUAAUCAGCUCAUAUGUCCAAACCAUCAUAUUGGCUAGAAUGCCUUAAGCUAAUUUUUUUUUUUGUCUUGAGAGUUUCUCUGUGUAACAGCCCUGGCUUCUGAACCCACUUUGUAGACCAGACUGGCCUUGAGCUCUCAAAGAUCCACCUGCCUCUGCCUCCCAAGUGCUCUGAUUAAAGGCGUGCUCCACCGUGCCUGGUUUAGGUGAAUUUCUUAGAUGAAUGGCCUGAGAAAUUUUGCAGUAAACCAACCUUUCAGAAAUCUGUUGUGACUGGUUUCUAGUCAUUAAAAGAGCACAUAGAGUCACUGCUAAGAUCAUUGCUCCUAUGGCCAUAAUGAAACCCCACUAGAGAUGUUUCACAAUUGUAAUGACUUUAAAUCCCAAGAUUCGAUGGUGUUUGUGCCUCAGUAAAAAGGAAACAAAAUUUACUUUCUUCGAAGGUAAAAUAGGAAAUCAGAGUCUUGAUGACCAGGAGCAAAAGGGUUAUGAAGCAGAACCAAAUUUAGACAGCAAACACAGAGCAAGGAAAAAGAAACUACAGUCUAAGCUAAUGAGGGCAAAGUCUGGCCUUACCCAGAGCUUUUGAGGCACCUGGCCCCUCCUAAGAAGAACAGAAAUUUCAGUCUCUCCAGAAGACAUGGCAGGUGCCAGACGGUUCCCUGCUGAAUUGGGAGGCAGUUUCCUAUAUGUAUCUCAGAUGUGUAAGUCAUAAGCACAAUCCCCAGAAAGCAAGAGCUACAGAGACUGCACCCAAAUGCAUCCUCUUAAGGAAAAAGGUUUUCUCAAUAUUCAGUUUUGCCAUGAGUUGGAGUUGCUUUCCUCUUGGGACCAGAAUAGUAAUUUUUCUUGCCAUCAUCAGUGGGUCUGAACUGCAAGUGUGCUCCUGACACAGGUGGUAGAUAUCACACUAUCCAUCAGUUACUUUCCCAAACAAAAGUGCACAGGGCAAGGAGUGUGUAAAUAAUGGGAAAUAAUACCAGGUGCUCUGAAUUUAGUUGAUGCUUGCUUCCUCUCUCACCUAUGCUUAUAUUGAUCAUGCUAUUUCCUUCUGAAUGAAGAAUAGACCUGUUUCUUUCAGCUUGCUUGUAAUAGGUCACCAUUUGCUGUAGCAGCUACCUUCACUCACACCAGACUCACCUUCCAGCAACUGAAGCAGAUCUAUUGAUGCUUCUCCAUCUUCUGCAGCAGCAUUGAAGGCAAAGACAUGGUAGGGAGGUACCAGUCCCCACCUGUCCCCCAGAAAGUUACUAAUUGCCCUUAGCAAACUUGCCCUGUAUUUGACAUUGUACAUUUUUCUCCGAUGAUACCUUGUAGUUAUGGUAACAGUUCUGGCAGCCUGUAUUAUUUUAACAAAAUAAUCCUUUUUUUUUCUUUUAGUGAAGUCUUGAGGAUCUCUUAAAAGGAAUCAGUGAAUUGCUCUCCAAUGACAGACACUAUGUGACAGCAUGUUACAGAAAAACUGAUUUCAAUGGUCCCAGUGAUCCUAUUAAUAAAAUAACUUGAGAGCAACACUCUGACCUGGCUUCUACAGCCUGAAGAACACCAAUAAUGGGAAAGGAAGCAGAACUACAGGAGAGGUGGCAUGGAGAGUCUGAUUGCCUUUAAGAAAGGGGUAAACUGUAUGAACUUAGAGAAGUUGGAUGAACCCAGACAGUACAGAAAGGGAUGUGUGUUUGCUCUCUUAGAACUUAUGUCAUUGCUGGGAAUUGUAUUGUAUUGUCUUCUCUAAGUGAUUAAUGAAAUAAAAUGUUGACGGUGACAUUCUGAGUAAUCAUCACCUCCUUCCUUCACACCCAGCUGACCAAGGUUACUGACUGCAGAAAAGAAAACCUCCAGUGUCCUAGAGAGCACCAAGCAUCUGGAUGCAAGUGGACCAAGCUGGCCUCUCUAGCCUGGCAGCUGGCCUUCUGAGUCAGUUGGUUUCCCAGUGAGUUCAUUUGCUCCUCCGGGUCAUCCUCAGGACUUUGCAGAAGACAAACUUGUUCUUUUCCUGCUCCUCCUCCAGCCCCCCUCUUCUCACAUGGUCCCCUCACCUUUCCCCUCCCCCUCCUCAGCACAAGCAAAGUGGGCUACCCCCUUGGUGAGGUCCAGGCAAGGCCAGUGCCGGGUUGGGCCACAGUCUGGAGGGACUAGCUGUGUCUGGUGGACACUGAAUUUCUGGAGGGGUAGGCACAUAGAGGCUUGAUUUUUGUCUCUCCUCUGGGGUCGUCCUUUGCUGGAAGAACUCCUUCAGCCAGUAGCCUUUAAGAUAACAGCCCACUUGGGCAUGGCCUCUUGUACUAUAAAUGCUGACAUAAAAUACAUACUUCCUCUCUUCCAGCUGCUGUAUUUGGCUCCUGAUCCCCAUUCAUGCAGAGGACUGUGAUCUGUGAGUCUAGCCCUAAAUAAAUAGUCCUUUAUUAUACUCAAUUCUGAGCUAGCGUGAGAUUUUUUAGUGUCCAUGACUAUCAUUACUCCAGAGUCUUGACAUCCAAAUUGGCCUCUUCAAGAGGCAAAUGUUCAAUUCCUAGGAAUUGGAACCCUAUCUCAAGUGAAACAAAGAAUGAGAUGAGUUGACUGCAUAG